UUUUCUUCUCCUCAGCUACCAAACCCUUCAAGCUCCUUCACUCGUAUAAAGCCCUCCCUCGACCACCAAGACAAAAGACACCAAGAAAAUUAGCUCGAAUCAACUUCCAAGAUAUAUUAUUUCAAUGGCGUGCAGCGUUAGUGGAAAAGCCGUGAAAGUGGUGCAUAUCGAUACCCAGUACGUGGAAACGGACCCCUUAAACUUCAAGUCUGUUGUUCAGAGCCUUACUGGUAAGGAUUCUUGCGUUGCAUGGAUAGAGAAGAGCUCCUUCGGCGCCAACAAGAGAAAAAGAUCACCCGUCACUGUGAAUAAUGGUGGUGGCAGCUUCGACAUCAGGCCAUCAUGCGGCCGCCAUGAUAAUGGUAGUACUGUUGGCAGCGGAAAUCUCCAUGUUUCGGUGUUAUCGAAGGGCAUGUCGUUUAAAGACUUGGAUGGGAUGAUCUUGGAGGAUCCUCCAAUGGAGGAAUUAAUGCAAUGGCUCAUGUGGACCGAGUAGAAUUUUACACAAUUUUGCAGCAGAUAUAUUUAUAUCUACAGUACUGUCUAUAUAUCUAUAUUUAUUUAUUUAUGUAUAACAGUUCUGGAUCGGUAUAUCUUGUUUAAUUUUCUCAUUUGUGGGAAGAAUGUUUAGGUUUGGAUACAUUAAUCAGAGAGAUCAAUUUCGUUGUG